ACCUUCUCCUACCUGAGGCAGGCGGUAUUCCGACCGGCGCCAUCUCUCCUCCUUCCCCACCUCAACUCCUCCCCUCCACCCCCUCCUCGCCGUCCGUACACCCCCCCUCCCCCUCCCCCUCCUCCUCCGCCGCCUCCACCUCCGCCGCCGCCGGAUCAGGGGCCUCGCCGCGUCGCGCUGUCACUGCUGGUGGUGCGGUGCGGUGCUCCCCCCCUACCAUGCUGCGGCGCUGCGUGCCCUCCCGACCUCGACGCCUCCCGCUCCCCGACGACCACCCCCUCGUCGCUGUCUUCUCCUUCCUCUUCAUCCCCACAUAAGCGUUUCUGUCUCCCGCUCCGAUCGGCGUUCGUUCUUGGAUCUUGGAUCGAUGAGCGAGGAGGUGCAGAGGUAUGGAGGUGGUGGGGGUGGGGGAGGAGGUGGGGUGGCGGCGCUGUCGCUGGAUUUGCUCGGCCAGGUGCUCGACCGGGUGCGGGAGCCGCGGGACCGCAAGGCGUGCAGGCUCGUGAGCCGCGCCUUCGCCCGCGCCGAGGCCGCGCACCGCCGCGCGCUGCGGGUGCUCCGCCGCGAGCCCCUGGCGCGCCUCCUCCGCGCGUUCCGGGCGCUGGAGCGGCUCGACCUCUCCGCCUGCGCCUCCCUCGACGACGCCUCCCUCGCCGCCGCGCUCUCCGGCGCGGAUCUCGCCGGGGUGCGCCGGGUCUGCCUCGCCCGCGCCAGCGGCGUCGGGUGGCGCGGCCUCGACGCGCUCGUGGCGGCGUGCCCGAGGCUGGAGGCCGUCGACCUGUCGCACUGCGUCGGCGCCGGCGACCGCGAGGCCGCCGCGCUGGCCGCGGCGACGGGGCUGAGGGAAUUGAGCCUCGAGAAGUGCCUCGGCGUCACGGACAUGGGGCUCGCCAAGGUGGUGGUCGGGUGCCCGAGGCUGGAGAAGCUGAGCCUCAAGUGGUGCCGCGAGAUCUCCGACAUCGGCAUCGAUUUGCUCUCCAAGAAGUGCCACGAGCUCCGGAGCCUCGACAUCUCCUACCUCAAGGUUGGAAAUGAAUCCCUUAGAUCAAUAUCCUCACUUGAGAAACUUGAGGAGUUGGCAAUGGUUUGUUGCUCAUGCAUAGAUGAUGAUGGCCUGGAAUUACUAGGCAAGGGGAGCAACUCACUGCAGAGCGUUGAUGUUUCAAGAUGUGAUCAUGUAACCUCCCAGGGAUUAGCUUCACUCAUAGAUGGUCACAAUUUUCUCCAGAAGUUAAAUGCUGCUGAUAGUUUGCAUGAGAUGAGACAGUCGUUUCUGUCCAACUUGGCAAAACUGAAGGAUACCUUGACAGUGCUUAGACUUGAUGGUCUUGAAGUCUCAUCCUCUGUUCUUCUGGCCAUUGGUGGUUGUAAUAACUUGGUCGAGAUUGGCCUUAGCAAAUGCAAUGGCGUUACAGAUGAAGGAAUCUCUUCACUUGUAACUCAAUGCAGCCACUUAAGGGUUAUUGAUCUCACAUGCUGUAACCUCCUUACCAACAAUGCCCUUGAUUCAAUAGCUGAGAACUGUAAGAUGGUUGAACAUCUCCGUUUGGAAUCCUGUUCUUCCAUAAGCGAAAAGGGACUGGAGCAGAUUGCAACCUCCUGCCCCAAUCUAAAGGAGAUAGACCUCACUGACUGUGGAGUGAAUGAUGCAGCAUUGCAGCACUUGGCCAAGUGCUCUGAACUGCUUGUACUGAAAUUAGGCCUGUGCUCAAGUAUUUCUGACAAAGGUCUUGCUUUUAUCAGUUCAAGCUGUGGAAAGCUGAUUGAGCUUGAUCUCUAUCGCUGCAAUUCUAUUACCGAUGAUGGGCUGGCAGCUUUAGCUAAUGGCUGCAAGAAGAUUAAGAUGCUAAACCUAUGCUACUGCAACAAGAUUACCGACAGUGGUUUGGGCCACCUAGGCUCUCUAGAGGAGCUCACAAACCUUGAACUGAGGUGCUUGGUCCGUAUAACAGGUAUUGGAAUCUCAUCAGUUGCCAUCGGCUGCAAGAACCUGAUAGAGAUAGACUUGAAGCGUUGCUAUUCUGUCGAUGAUGCUGGCUUGUGGGCUCUUGCCCGAUAUGCACUAAACCUUAGACAGCUUACUAUAUCAUACUGCCAAGUCACUGGCCUGGGCCUGUGUCACCUGUUAAGCUCCCUGAGGUGCCUCCAGGAUGUUAAGAUGGUACACCUCUCAUGGGUCUCUAUAGAAGGGUUCGAGAUGGCACUGAGAGCGGCUUGCGGGAGGCUGAAGAAACUGAAGAUGCUGAGUGGGCUGAAGUCUGUGCUGUCUCCUGAGCUGCUCCAGAUGCUGCAGGCCUGCGGCUGCCGCAUCCGUUGGGUCAACAAGCCUCUUGUCUACAAGGACUAAACCUGCUCUCAUAUCAUCAUCUGUGCAGUGUUAAUAUCCUCGGAUCAUACACCAUGGAGCCCUUACCAAGUCUAGCAUGCUUACAAGCCAUGUUAGAUACCCGCAAUAAUCGUCAAUUUUCAUACCCAAGAUGUACUGACGAUGGUGUCUCUGCAUUGCUGCAGUGCCAUCCUUAUGUUUGGCAACUCCUAGACCAAUGUUGUCAUCUUCAGAUUAAAAUCCAACAUUUGCAAACAUGAGGCAUCGAAACAGUUAUGUUCUGAGCAAGUGAUCCUUGUACCAGACUGCAAUGAAAUGCUCUACACUUUCAAUUGGUAUAUGCAAAGAACAAUGGCAUGUUUGCCUUUGUCAUUGCUCCAACUCCAGGCUUGCUGACCGAUGCAUCUUUUAGAGUUUAAGAACAGCUUUAGAUCGCAGAAAAACUCUUCCUUGAUGCUCCAGGAUCUGGGCUGGGACACUGGUUUCAUGGUUGUCUGUAUUGUAUGACUGGUGGACCCGUCCUUUUUUUUUUACCUUGAUUACAAUAAUCUCGAUGUACUCAUUCAGGCAGAGAUUUGAAGUAAUGUAUUGAAUCAGUUUUUAUAUGUCAA